CCGCCGCCCGCCGCCCGCGCCGGGAGCCGCCCGAAGAUGCCUCGCUGCAGCCUGCACGCGGCGGCCGUGCUGCUGCUCGUGGUCUUAAAGGAACAGCCUUCCAGCCCAGCUCCGCUCAACGGAUCCAAGUGGACCUAUAUAGGUCCUGACGGGGAGAAGAGCUGGUCCAAGACCUACCCUUCCUGUGGGGGCCUGCUGCAGUCCCCGAUAGACCUGCACGAUGACAUCCUGCGCUACAACGCCAGCCUCGGGCCCCUGGCCUUCCAAGGCUACAACCAGUCUGCCAGUCCGCAAUUUGUCCUCACCAACAAUGGCCACUCAGUGAAGGUGAAACUGCCCAAGGACAUGCAGCUCCGGGGCCUCGGGGCCCGCUACAAUGCCUCGCAGCUGCACCUGCACUGGGGGGACAAGGAUGACCCUCACGGCUCUGAGCACACUGUCAGUGGGAAGCACUUUGCCGCCGAGCUGCAUAUUGUCUAUUACAACUCGGACCGGUACCCCAAUGACAGCGUCGCCAAGGACAAGCCAGAAGGCCUCGCGGUCGUAGCUGUUCUCAUAGAGGUGGGCUCCUCCAAUCCAGCAUAUGACAAGAUCUUCGAUCACCUCACAGCUGUAAAGUACAAAGACCAAGAAGUGUUCAUUCCGGGUUUCAGCAUAGAAGAGCUGCUGCCGGAGAGGCCUGAAGAGUACUACCGCUACAGAGGGUCCCUGACUACACCUCCCUGCUACCCCACUGUGCUCUGGACGGUGUUCCGGAACCCUGUGCAAAUUUCCCAGGAGCAGCUGAUGAAGUUGGAGACAGACCUGUACUGCACGCACAUGGAUGACCCGUCCCCCAGAGAGAUGGUCAACAACUUUCGGCGGGUCCAGAAGUUUGACGAGAGGCUGGUGUACGUCUCCUUCCAACAAGUGCCAGACCCUCCCUGCACAGGACUGAGUCCGGGCAUCGUCCUUUCCGUGGCCUUGGCUUGUGGUCUUGGCAUCUGUAUUGUCCUGGCAGUAUCCAUUUGGCUUUUCAGAAGGAGAAAGAGUAGCCAAAAAGGUGCCAACAAAGGAGUCAUCUACAAACCAGCCAUCAAGCAGGAGACUGAGGCCCAUGCCUGAGGCCCUGGCAUGCCCAGGCACAUCCAAGGGAGGACUUGGCUUUGGACGCAAACUGCUGUGGCUCCUUGGACACUUGACAUACCUGAGGGUUUUCUGGAGUUCAACCCACAAACACCUUAGACCCUUGGGGGACCCUACCAUCCUGCUGUCAUGCCAUCACCUCCAGUGGGAGUGUGGAUGGGAAGAACUCACCAAGAAGGUGGGAACUCUAAGCUGUCUGCUUCAUGUGUGUGGCCUUUCAGUGGUCUGGAUUCUGGGGGCACAAACUGUAUUGCCUGCUGGGGCUGUUACUGGCUGGAAAACACUUUCAUCCGGGGGUUCACGUGAGUGUGGUUUCAAGUGUCUGGGAAUCUGCUUCUUGUCCAUGCUUACAGACGAGAACGUGCGGUCUCUGCUGAAGCUUUGUUUUUGAGGCUCCAUUUCUUUCCUCAGAGAAGGGCUUGUUCAAUUUCCUUCUGCUAUGACAAAACCUUUAGUCUGACCUUACAAUUGAGGGUUGUGGGGCGGGGGGCUGGGAACAGGAAGGGUCAAGGUGUCAGAGACAAAAAGAAAACAAGAAAUAUUCUUCGCAGUACAGUAAACCACUUUCCAAGUCCUGUCCUUCAGAUCAGAUGCACUAACUAAACAGACCUUAGCGAGAGAGAAGAUACAUAAGAUCUGGAAAAGUCUUACUUUGAAAUCAUAUUGGAGAGCUUUCCUUGGUGGGUCAGUGGUUAGGGUCCUCCUUGAAAUGCAGCAGACAUGCGUUCGAGCCCUGCUCAGGGAACUAAGAUCCCACAUGCCUAGGACCAGCGAAGCCUUCAUACUGCAACUACUGAGUCUUCUUGCCACGCAAGGAAAGAUCCUGCAUGAUGUGAUGAAGAUCCCACGUGCUACAACUAGGACCUGACACAGCCAAAUAAAUUAAUAAAUAUUUUAAAAAGAAGAAAAGAAAUCAUAUUAGAAUCAGAAGUUGCAUGUGAAGCUGUGAAGUGUGAGGAGGACGGAAUAUUAAGCCCAACCCAACCUCCUGUCAGGGGCAUCUUUCUGUUUUGUACUCUACAGAUUUUAUAAAUAAUUAGGCUGUUCCUUGAAAAUGUGUUAUUGCCUUCUCUCUCCUAGAGGAGACAUGAAUUCUGAGAUGACCUCAGCUGCUUUUGUAUAUAGAGGAAACAGAAGCAAAAUGGUUGAAGAUCUUUGUCUCUUUUGCCCAAAUUUCCUUUCUUCUGCCUUUGCGGUGUCCCUGCUGUCAAUCUUGAAUUGGGACCUACCUACUUCUCUGACUUGAAGGAUGUCGAGUCAUGGCUGAAUUACAAUAUAUUUUCAAACUAUGAAAACGGGAAGUUACUUGUGCAGGGGCUGGCAUCAUGGUAUUCAGGGGCCAGAAAUAAUGGAAUGUUAACAAAGAUCCUUCAUGGUCUUCCCUGCCAAGUGACAAAGACAGUUUCUGAGACAACUUAACUCCUUCAUUCUCCUCCCAUUGACCAAAGAGCCCUGUGGAGAUCAGUCUGUUCCGUGACUGAGGAGGAGACCCCCACCAACCUCUCCUGGCUGGAACCUUGCAGUUCACAGAGAACCUUAUGGUUCUCACUCUCACUGUGACAGCAUGGGGUGCUCUCUUGAGCACGUCUAAAGUGAGGUUUUAGAAGUGAGGUUAAAAGCAUUACUGUUGGCAAAGCAACAGUGGUUUGCAGUUCCCUGUCUAGGUGACAGGUUUCUUUAGCAUGUCUUUUUCCCUCUCCUUCUCCCUCUGAGAAAUCACCCUUGUCUACUGUCAUAACUUGUAGUAGUGAUGCUAGGCAGAGUUACAGGGGACUCGAUGGAGACUCAGACAUUUGUGUCUACAGGAGAUGCCUGACUCCCCUGGAGCCUGGCAUGGCAUCUGGCCUUGCCAUCAGCAUGCCGGCCUGAUGCUGAUCACAUGGCAGCAGGGACAGCCCUCAGGGCUGAGCAGUGGGAGUCAGAUGAUGCUUUCCUGGCCUCCGCCCACUGCCUCCGAUCAGAAGCCGACAGAAACCACUCCAGGGCCGUGGGGCUGUAUUUCAAAGAGCUUUCUACAGCUUUUUUGGACACAUUCUGUGAGAGAACAGAGAAGUCACUGUACCUGGCACAAUGGCUGCUGAUAAAAACGGAGAGUUACGGGGGUGGUGAAAACAGCACGGCCCAGGCUCUGGGACCUCUUGGCUCACAUAAAGCAAAGCCAGGCAGAGGGCGCCAGGAAUUAGCACUGUGGCCCUCCCUGCUAAUCCGCGUGGGACUCCUGAAGACCCAGCCCUGCAAUGGGGAAGGCUUCCCUCAGGUUCUCCCUCCCUCUCUGACACCAGCUGCCUCUACAGGAAAGAGGUGCGGUGGUACUGAUGCUACUCUGCCUCCCACUCACCCUGGGAGGGCCUGGCACUGUGCUGGGCACACAGCAGGUGGAGGGGAUAAAACCAGGCCCCGGCUGCAGCGGAGAUGCAGGCAAGGCUCUGGCUUCUUUGCCUCUCUGUAGUGGAAGGUCUUCAGUCCCUCUGCUCUGUUCUUUAGUGUCAAAUGAUGAUGAUAACAAUAAAAACCUGUACCUGUUUCCUUAACAGACAUGCUAGGACUUUGCUGCGUUGACUCUUGAUCCCAUUAUUGGUUCCACCUUAAAGUCUCCUCCCCUUCACUCAGCUCCCUGAAGGCCUCCUCCUGGCCCUUGGGAAGCCCCAGGGAUGGGCACCACCUCUGUCCCUGUGGACCACUGGCCACCGUGAUGAUGGUCCAUUUAGGACUUCUGUAUUUUCUGUAAGAAUGACUGUAAUGAAGACAUACAAAUAUGAGAAAUUAUAAAUAAAAUGUUUUUU